AUGACUGAUCGAAGUAUCUUUCCACCAAUAGAAAAUAAGACUAAUCUUAAAUGGAAACAAGAUGGCAUCACUGUGGCUGGUGGGCAUGGACCAGGACAAGAAUUAAGUCAACUCGAUCGCCCUGUUGGAAUCUUUAUUGAUAAAAACAAAAAUAUUUUCAUCGCUGAUCAUUUCAAUCAUCGUAUUGUUGAAUGGAAAUAUAAUGCAAAGGAAGCACAAAUCAUUGCAAGUGGAAAUGGCAACGAAAAUCAAAUGGAUCAAUUGUAUUAUCCAACAGAUGUGAUUGUUGAUCAACAAAAUCAUUCGAUUAUCAUUGCUGAUUAUGGAAACGGACGAGUGAUUCAAUGGAUGAAUCAAACUCAACAAAUUCUCAUUGAAAAUAUUUACUGUUAUAGUUUGGCAAUGGAUAAACAUGGAUUUCUUUAUGUUUCUGACUGGAUUAAGGGUGAAGUGAGACGAUGGAAAAUGGGAGAAUACAACAACGAAGGAAUUGUAGUAGCAGGCGGAAAUGGGCAAGGAGAUCAACUCAAUCAACUCAAUUCUCCUCGUUUUAUCUUUGUUGAUGAAGAUCAAUCUGUUUAUGUAUCAGAUUGGAACAAUCACCGUGUGAUGAAAUGGAGAAAUGGUGCAAAAGAAGGAAUAAUUGUGGCUGGAGGAAAUGGUAAAGGAGAAAAUCUUAAUCAGUUGUCUCAUCCUGAAGGAGUAGUUGUUGAUGAUUUGGGUCAAAUCUAUGUGACAGAUGUUCUGAAUCAUCGAGUAAUGCGUUGGUGUGAAGGAAAAGAAGAAGGUGAAAUUGUUGUUGGUGGAAAUCAUCAAGGAAAUCAACCAAAUCAAUUAUAUAAUCCCGCAGGUUUAUCCUUUGAUGAUGAAGGCAAUCUUUAUGUUGCUGAUUAUUGGAAUCAUCGAAUUCAAAAAUUUGAAGUAAUUUUGUGA